UCUACGAGUUUUGUUGUCAUCGAAUAAUGCCAAAGUCAGAACCGCGGGCGGGCAUCCGCGCACGCACCCGGCAGACCGAGAGUCGCAGUACCGCUUCCGACCAACGAUCUAUCCAAAGACUGGAGCCCGUAAUGCGUUCUCCCCAGCAGCCUGCGCGCUCCCUUAGACGUCCACCCAUCCUGCCACAGAAUCACGAGGCAUGUUUGGCUACGGUCGAGACACUGGAGCGGGAGAUUGAAGCGUUGCAGAGAGGCAAAGAGACCCUGUCGGAGCGCGUUGGAAGCGUCGAAAGUGAGAUCCAGAAAUUGUUGAACGAACAGCAUCAGUGGAGACAACAGCUGCCUGAGCGGCGCGCGACUCAACAACUGAUGCACGAAAUGCAGCAUACCGUUGCGAGUUGGCACCAACGGCUUCGCAGCCCGGCUGGUUUACCAGAAAAGGCGGAUCCUGCUGCCGUGACGACUGCUCUACCGGCAAUGAUAGCGGUGCCGGAUAUGUGGAAUACUCAGGAGGACGGAGGGGGUGCAUUUGACAACGAUCAUGGCAUUGAACCGGACUCCGGUGACUUUACGCAGCUUCUUCAAUCCUAGUUUCUCUACAGUACCGUAGUAAUCGAUAUUUAUUUAUU